AUGAUACGGCUUUCAGAGCUCUUAUGUUUUGCAACUAUUUCUACCUUAAUCACUGGGGCUAACUCAUUUUCUAAUUUAGAAAGCACGAGUUCAAGGACAGCAACCAGCCUCUUUGCUGAUUUGAACGACGGUGAAGAGAAUGGACUUUCGCGUCGUCAGUUCGCCGAAUUAAGCUUCGCUGCGACGGGCCUGGGAAUUUCAUUCUUGGGAACACGCGAAACCACGCCAACAUCGUAUGGUCUUUGGGGCAUCCUUCCUGUUGGAACAUACCGAGAAAAGAAGACAUUGUUCCAGGAAGUUGUCCCGGGAAAGAUUUGGACUUUGGACCAGAAGUUUGGAAUUUUGGACGUUCAGGUGCCUCUUCGAAUGACAGUUGUGAAACUAAGUACUGGUGGAUUAUUUGUAUAUAACCCUGUUGCUGCAACUCAAGAAUGUCUGGAUAUGCUUAACGAUAUUAUCAAGGAAAAUGGACCGAUUCGACAUAUUGUUGUGGGAUCUGUGGCAUUGGAACACAAGGUGUACGCCGGCGUCAUGGCUCAAAAGUUCCCUAAGGCAGAAGUUUGGCUGACACCAGGACAAUACUCCUUCCCCGUAGACCUUCCUGACACGUUCUUGGGAUUCCCACUUUCGAGAACGAAAGAUAUUCCCAAGCCAGAAGAUGCACCUGAAGAAUGGAAACAGGAUUUCGACUUUUUGACUUUGGGGCCACUGAUAAGCAGAGAUGGUGCAUUUGGCGAGACAGUGUUUCGUCACAAGGACACCAAAACCUUGAUUGUUACAGACACUGUAUUGGAAGUUUCGGAAGAAGUUCCUGAGAUUUGUGAGCUAGAUCCAGCACCUCUCUUGUAUCAUGCUCGAGACACUGUAUCCCAAGUUGUCGAAAAUACACCAGAAGUGCGAAAGAUUGGUUGGCGAAGAAUUGCUCUUUUCGGUCUAUUUUUCACGCCUUCGGCUAUCGAUAUUAAGGAUGCUGAUGUAGCGUUCAAAGAACGACGACCCGAUAUAAAUUCUGAUUUCAUUGGAAUCUACCCAUGGGACUGGGUGAGAGAUGAAAAGACUAGCUUCGAUGCUCUUACUGGAGGACUCUUGGUUGCACCCAUCCUGCAAACUCUCAUCCUGAACCGGAAUCCUAUAGAAGUUUUGGAUUUCGCUGAUGCAGUUUCCAAAUGGGACAUUGAACGAAUCAUCCCGGCGCACUUCAAGAACGACUUGAAGUACACUGGAGCUGAUUUUAAGAAGGCGUACACUUUCCUGCAAAAUGGAGGCGAACCGAAAGGACAACCCAAGCCUCUGGCUGCUGAUUUACAAUUACUGAAGGAUGCCGAGCAAAAUCUCCUUGCCCAAGGUGCGAUUGCUCCAUGCCCGCCUCUUCCAGGCGGUGAUGUUUCUCGAGAAGACAUCAUCAAGCAGACUGUCUAUAAUUGCAGAGAUGGCGUGUGCAUGCCAAAGGCCUCAUUCUAG